GGUUGGGCAGUUUAGGGCACAGGGGUCUUAGACCCAGUGGUUUGUGCACGCCGGGUCCGAGCACACUGGGCCAGAGCCCACUGAAGUCACGCCCCUCCCCCGCCCAGACCACGCCCAAGCCCCCACCAAACUCCUCCCCGAGGCCCCCUUGGGCUCUAUUUCCUCCCCUGUGGGUGGAGGCUCUGUGGCGAGCACAAUCCCUCGGUCCAGCGCCGUCAACCGCGUGUCUACGGCAUCUUUGGGUUUGCUGAUUUCCACCCUGCCUGGGCCUCCACACAUCCGCUUGCACCCCAGGUACUUCUCAGGGUUUCCCAGCAGGUCGGGGGCUCGGGCCACCUUUUCCAGAGAGUUUUGGGCCCCCGAGGGCGAAGGUGAAGGUGGACGUGACUGGAAAAUGCGCGGGAGCGAAGAGGGGCUAUCGUGGCCCCGUGUUGCGGGGAAUCCGGAUGUAUGAACGGGCGCUGCGUCACAGGAGUGUCUGUCACCGGAGAAUCGGUGCCGAGCUCCUGCUGGGUGCCACGGAUCGGGCGAUGGCCGUAGACACAGCAGGGCAUUGUCUGGGAGCCGCGUAGACCAGCCGCUGAGAAACGUCUUUAACAGGAUUGCAACGUUUCAGCUGGUGCCGGGAGCGUGGAGAGCACACAUCCUAAUACCGGAGCAUGUUGUUCAGCUUCAAUGAGUGGCUGUGGCAGGAGAAGUACUGGUUACCACCCAACAGCACAUGGGCACAGCUGGAGGACCGAGAUGGCCUGGUGUUCGCCCACCCUCACCACAUGCUUGCUGCCUUGCCAGUGGCUCUAGUCCUGGUGGCUGUGCGUAUCGUCUUUGAGAGAUUUGUGGCCUUGCCCCUGAGCCGGUGGAUGGGUGUGCGGGAUCAAAUCAGGAGGCAGAUGAAGCCCAACCCAGUGCUGGAGAAAUACUUCCUCAGGAUGGGGCAGAGACCCGUGGAGACCCAGAUGGUCCUCCUGGCUGCCCAAUGUGGUCUCACACUACGGCAGACUCAACGCUGGUUCAGGAGACGUCGGAACCUGGAACGUCCUUGCCUGUCCAAGAAAUUCUGUGAAGCUAGCUGGAGGUUUGUCUUCUAUCUGUGUUCCUUCGUGGGUGGCAUCUCUGUCCUCUACCAUGAGCCAUGGUUGUGGACACUGGCAUUGUGCUGGGAAAAUUACCCACAACAGACCCUGAAUCUGGCCCUGUACUGGUGGUACCUUCUGGAGCUGGGCUUCUACAUUUCACUGCUAAUCACUCUGCCCUUUGACAUUAAACGCAAGGACUUCAAGGAGCAGGUGGUGCACCACUUUGUGACCGUGGGGCUGAUAGCUUUCUCCUACAGCUCCAACUUGCUGCGCAUUGGCUCUGUGGUGCUGCUGCUGCAUGAUUGCUCCGACUACCUGCUGGAGGCUUGUAAGAUGUUCAACUAUUCCCACUUUCGGCGAGUGUGCAACGCUCUCUUCAUCAUCUUCUCCUUAGUCUUCUUCUACACUCGCCUCAUAUUCUUCCCCACCCAGGUCCUCUAUUCCACUCUGUUUGACUCCAUCAAGAACAGAAGUCCCUUCUUUGGCUACUAUUACUUUAAUGUGCUCCUGGUGAUGCUGCAGAUCCUUCAUGUGUACUGGUUCUGUCUUAUCCUGCGCAUGAUCUUCAGCUUCCUGUGGAAGGGUCAGAUGGCAAAGGACAUUCGUAGUGAUGCGGAAGAAUCAGAUUCCAGUGAUGACGGGGCAGUUCCUGAAAGUCCUCAACUGAAGAAUGGGGUGACUCGAGGGUCUGUCCCAGCCAUUGCCAAUGGCCCACGGAGCCGGGCAACUGGGCGUCUGGCCAAUGGGCAUACCCAGUCCACAUAGACAACCUAGGACUGACAUUGAGGGUUGCCUCCAGCAUUGUGGAUGGAUAUCCAGAUGCUGAGCUGGUGACCCUGGGAGACAGGGAGGUCCUCCUCAAGGUAGAAAGAGGACUGAUGAUCUGUUUCUAGCACUUCCCUUUUUAUCUCAUCUCCCUUUAUCCCUUUGAGCAACUGGACAGAGCCUGGGGGAGCAGUGGACUCUGCAUUUGGCCAGAGCCACCCUCAGGCUGUAGCCUGGGGGCUGUGGGGAGCCUUGGCUCCAAGGACCAAUAAAACUUCAAUA